UCAAGAGCGAAAUAAACAUCUUCACGUAUGGCGUCUAACACCAGAUACUACAGUGAAAAUGUUGUCAUCUCAUGUGGAAAUGAUGUGCGGUUCGGAAAUCAUAAUAAAAAUUGAAAAGAUAAGACAUAAGACGCAAAGAAACUACUCAUCAUUUAUUAUCACCUUGUCCGAAAAAUAUUAUGACAAGCUCUGUCAACCGGAAGUCUAGCCUGUUAAUGUGAAAUUUGCGGAGUGGGUUUGGUUUCGGAGAGUUACAAACUUCCCCAUUGAAAAAGUAUAGCAUCAUAAAUAUGUUUUACCAAAACGUAAGAUGCCUUUGUACUAAAUUGAAUACAUUUCGUAAUAAUAUAGAAUCCUCGUGCGCCGAUCUAUUUGCAAUAACAGGAACGGGAUUCAACGAAUCUAUUCACAGUGCGGAAAUUGUUCCGCCCGAUUAUAAAAUCUUAAGAUGCGAUCGAACGGACGGAAGAAAACAAGGCGGCGUUUUUCUCGUGGUCACAUACCGGUUGGAACUGCGGAAAGUGAAGCUACCGAGUGUCGUCAACCUAGAUAACUGUGUUUAUAAAUAAUUG